CGCGUAUUAGAUUGAAAUACACUAGAAUAAGGGGUCCCGAUCUUUGGGACUGAGUCUAGUACAUACUAACAACGUGGCGCUCUACUCUAGCCUUGAUUUCAAACAAAGCCUCGCAAGAUAGGCGCUCCUCGCAUUACCCUUAAAGACGUUGCGGACGAAGGCUUCGAUUUUCCGCCCAGCAGAAGUGCUACGAUAACUACCUAAUUUCUUCAUCCUUGCCUACUAUGGCGGCACCGAACGGGUAAGUCUAUCGAUUAAUUAGAGUACAAUAAACCCAACCGUCUCGAUCGCUUGUCCUCAACGGCCUCCAACGCUCUCGAUAUCGCAAGCGGGGAAACUCGGACUUCAUAGUCUACCAGUUCAAUUCUGCGUCGAAUGAGUAUCGCCUAAUUGUAUCGACACGGGAGUCUGUCUUUGACCUUACAUACCUAAUGAUCCUCAGAACAUUUUAACUAAUUAUGACAAUAUAACAGAAGCGUUUAUACUACCGGCCAGUUUAUGAAUCCCGGCCCGGCCCCGCGACCGCCAAUGGACCGCCCACGCCUCAAUCUCACCCCCAGCACUAAUUACCCCGGAAGUAUGAAUUCUAGUAUGACGAACGUGGUUUCGUCGCCUAUUACGCGUACUGCCACUUCCACAUACACGGGCUCUACUAUUUCCUUACCGCUCGCCCGCGAGCGAUCCAACCAGACAGAUGGCAUGGGAGGUGUCGCGGUCAUAAAAGAGGGUUGGGCGCAGGUGAAGGAGAGCAGGAACUUCAUCCAACCGUGGAAGCAAAAAUAUCUUAUUCUGCGCAAGGAAGCGCUUGAUUUCCACAAGACCGAGGGUGGAAAGGUUUCUUACACUCUAUUCCUAAAGGACGUCUUGAACGUCGGACGAGUCGAGGCCGCGGGUACUAUCUUUGAGAUCAAGAGGCACGCGCAGGGGUCAUCUAAUAGCCCCGGAGAUGAUGAUGGUUCAAUUAGAACUUUACACAUCAAGGUCAAGAGUGAUGAUGAUCUCUAUGACUGGAUUGACCUUCUCUAUGGUCGCUGUCCUACUAUGGGUGGGGUGAGCAACCCGACCAACUUUUCUCAUGCAGUACACGUUGGCUUUGAUCCACAGACAGGCCAAUUCGUAGGGUUGCCGCCCGAAUGGUCGAAGUUGUUGAACUCUUCCGCCAUCACUAAGGAAGAUUACGAGCGCAACCCCCAGGCUGUGUUCGAGGUUUUGGAUUUCUACUCGGAUCUCACUAAGAGAGCCGAGAAUCCCCAGCAAUAUCCAAGCCUUACUCCAACUCCUCCCGCUGCCGCUCAGCAGAACAAGCAACUUGGAUAUGGCGGCGGCGGCGGCGCUUCUGUCGCACCACCCCGUCCAAUGCCACCUUCGCAGCGCAGCUACAGUAACAUGUCACAGCAGCAAGGCACCCCUCCGCCUCGACCGAACCCUCCGGAGAUGUCGCAAAGACCACCUGUGCAGAGUGUUGGAGGUAGCUAUGGCCCGUCUCCUGAUGCGGCGCGCGAAGAGCAACGUAAGAAGCAACUAGAAUUACAGAGACAGCGCGAAAUUGAGGAGCAGAACCGACGUGAUCUAGAGGCCUACAAUGCUUCUAUUCCUCAAAAGAAGGUGCCCAUGGCCCAACAAGAGAUUGGUGGCGGUGGAUAUGGGAACUCAGGCUCGCAAGAUCGCUACAAUCCUAGUCGAGCAGCACCUCCGGCGCCUAAGCCAAACAACCAGCAAGUCAACGGCCUUCGCGCCCAGCGGCCUGCUCCGCCAGCACCUAACUCGGGCUCUGCUUCUGCUAGCAGACCUCCACUCUCCUCUCAAACCAGUUCAAGCUCCGUUCCGACCUCACGCGAUCCCCAGUCCAACCAGGCGCAACGAAUGCCCCCGCGGAAUGACCAACAAGCACGAUACCAGAAUAACGCCAAUAACCCACAACAACGGGCGAAUGGUCAACCUCAGAACCCGGCGAUGGCACGCAUGCCCGCUCCUGUCAAGCCUCUUAAUGUACCGGCGAAGCCUAGUCAGACUCAGCAGAACGACGGUGUGAAGGCUGCGGAAGCUGCCUUGACAGCCAAGCCAUCGCCGUCGGAGAGGAAGCAGGAUGUUCGCAUGUCCACCAUGUCCGAAAAGGAGGUCAUGCAAAAGCUGAUUGAGGUUGUUUCGAAGGAUGACCCUAAUCUGUCAUACUCGAAGCAAAAGAAGAUUGGACAGGGUGCUUCCGGUUCAGUCUAUGUGGCCAAGGUUAAGGAGGGCGCAGUGUCUGCGGUGGCCCGAGAGGUUCUCCGUUCCCAAGGAACUAGGGCUCAAGUUGCUAUUAAGCAGAUGGAUCUGGCACAUCAGCCGCGCAAGGAGCUUAUCGUCAACGAGAUUAUGGUCAUGAAGGACAGCAAGCACCGAAACAUUGUCAACUUUCUCGACGCUUUCCUACGCAACAACAACGCCGAAUUAUGGGUGGUCAUGGAGUACAUGGAGGGUGGUGCUUUGACAGAUGUCAUUGACAACAACCCAGUCAUUACUGAGGAACAGAUCUCGACGAUCUGCCUUGAGACUUGCUGCGGGUUGCAACACCUACACUCUCAGAACAUUAUCCAUCGUGAUAUCAAGAGCGAUAACGUUCUUCUAGACGCUCGCGGAAACGUGAAGAUCACCGAUUUUGGUUUCUGCGCGAAACUUACCGAGACUAAAUCCAAACGAGCAACUAUGGUCGGAACUCCUUACUGGAUGGCUCCUGAGGUCGUCAAGCAGAAGGAAUACGGCCCGAAGGUUGACAUUUGGUCGCUCGGAAUUAUGGCCAUUGAGAUGAUCGAAUCCGAGCCGCCAUACCUUAACGAAGAGCCUCUGAAGGCUCUCUACCUUAUCGCAACCAACGGCACCCCGCGCCUGAAGAAGCCGGAAAAGCUGAGCAAGGAGCUCAAGGCUUUCCUAUCGGUCUGCUUGUGUGUCGACGUUAAGAGUCGUGCUUCGGCGGAUGAGCUGUUGCAGCACGAUUUCUUGAAGCAUGGUUGCCCACUCGGAAGCCUCUCCGAACUACUUGCAUUCAGGAGGAACGCUAAAUAGAGGCGUAGUUAAUAACGAUACCCUAUUCCUUAAUUGCAUCCCUUCGACCAGAGGAUAACCCGAGCCAUGAAAGAUGAUGAGUUGAGCGGCUGCUCGUCGAACCCCAUAUACACCCCGGAGGCAGCGGUCUUUGGGAGGUUCCAAUUCAUCUGGGUCAUAAAAUUUGCAUGAAAGAGUUGGUCGCUAUUUGAAACACAUAGAUGGG